UAAAUACCUGUAUCAACUAUCGCAACUACAAAUUUUUUAUUCAAUUUCUUGGAUAUGGAUUUUUAAUGUGCGCAUUUGUUUUCUUCACAAUUCUUCCACAUUUUAUAAAUUUUUGGUCAAAAGAUGAUCCAAUGAAAGUUUCAUUUCUACGAAUAACCGUCUUUUUUCUCUUCUUUGUAACUGGAAUGUUUGCAAUUUCGUUGGGUUGCCUAUUUGGUUAUCAUUUAUUUUUGACUGGAAAAAAUCGUUCAACCGUUGAAUCUUUUCGUCCACCAGUCUUUGCUUAUGGACCAGAUAGAAAUGGUUUUAAUUUGGGUGUAAAAUCGAAUUUUGCUGAUAUUUUUGGAAGUGAAAAGUACAAAUGGUUUUUGCCUAUUUUUACAAGUACGAGUAACGGCCAACAUUUUCCACAAAAAGCUGCAAGAGGAAACCAAUCUCAUCAAUAUCAAGGGAAUAAUUAUCAAACAGUUGAAGUUGUCUAAUCAGGUCCAUUUUUAAUGCAUUUUUAACUAAAAGUCUCUCCGGAACAAGAAAAAUAUAAAUAAUUUU